CUCGACACGACAAUGCUGCUCAGUCUCUGUUGAAUACUUAACGCUGUCGGUGGUUCGAUUCCGCGUUCAAAAUGUUUUCCCAACUCUUAUCUAUAAGGUUGGCUGUGUCACUGAUCCUUUUAAUCAGUGGCCAGUGGACUUCAGCUCGGCCCCAAAAUCCUUACUACGUGGAAAACGGAGGACAUGGAUACUCGCACCAUCAUCGCCACCAUGGUCAUCACGAACAUGGACCAGGAUUUGGGCCAGGAUCCAAUGGACCACCUCCCUUUGCCUUAGGUCGUUUCCCACCGCCUCCUCCCUUUUAUCCUGAUAAUCAGCCAUCUGGAGGUCGUCAACCGUAUUAUCCGAACGGUGGUGCAGUUCAAGGACAACCUGGCGGUCAAUUUCACCAGCAUGGAGCUGGUUUUCACAGAGGACAACAGGAAUACCCGCACCCUGUAGGAGAUUUUAACAGGGGACAUCCAGGCCUCCAGCAACCCGGUGGAGAUUUCAACAGGCGCCAACCAGGUUUCCAACAGCCAGGAAAUGAGUUCAAUAGAGCACAGCCUGGUGGAAGGGCGCCAGGCCAUCAACAACCAGGAAGCAAUGAGUUACCAACCUACCCUCGGGGAUCGGAUCGCCAGCAGCCGGGUGGCGAUGCAAAUACUCUACAGCCUCGACCUGGCCAAAACUCUGUUGGGUUCCAACAGCCAAAUGAAAAUUCAGGCGGAUUCCCUUCACAGCCUGGAAAAAAUUCGGGUGGGUUCCAACAGCCAGGCCAGAAUUCUGGAGGAUUCCGGCAGCCAAGCCAAAGUUCUGGGGGAUUUCAAAAGCCAGGCCAGAAUUCUGGAGGAUUCCAACAGCCAGGCCAGAAUUCUGGAGGAUUCCAACAGCCAGGCCAGAAUUCUGGAGGAUUCCAACAGCCAGGCCAGAAUUCUGGAGAGUUCCAACAACCAGGCUUUAAUCAGGGACCGAGACCUGGAACGUCUAAUAAUUUCAUUGAACCGCGUCCCAUAAGCUCGGAUGAAGACUUCUCCAGCUUUAAUUUCCAGUCCCCCAAGUCUUUGCAGCCUCGACCUGGAACGUCUAAUAAGCCCAUUGAACCGCGUCCCAUAAGCUCAGAUGCAUACUUCUCCAGCUUUAAUUUCCAGUCCCCAAAGACUCUGCAGCCUCGACCUGGUCAGGAUCACGAGACUGGGGUCUCUGGCGAAGGGCAGACUAUUCAACCGAUUCCCGGGCAGCAGCAGCCUUCUGUGAUCCAACCUAUUCCCGGAAAAGCUCAAUAUCCCGACAAUGUUGGCCAAAACAUCAAUGACCUCUUCAAUACCCAAGACUUCUUGUCGCCAGAUUUGAGCAGAGCGCCUGGAUCCAACAGAGAUCCCAAGUCGGAUGCUGAGGAAGCGAAUCCGGAGUCGGUCAAUGAGCGCAGUCUCUUCAACCUGGAUCCCAAGUGUGCCGAAGGACUCAAGGUGAUGGCAGGACGUUGCAGGAAGGAAGCCUAGGAAAUUCGCGUUGAAAUUAAAAUCUGAAUAAUACUGAUUCAUCUACGCAAUACGUAUUUCAUUGUGCCAUUAAAGCUGUCAUUAUGUGUAA